UUUUGAUGGCUCAUUGGAUCAAACGUGAGCGAAGACGACUUUUAUUUUGAAAUGAUUCUGCGCAAGUCGUUAUAUUGUUUUCUGUUUCACGGAUUUGUUAACUUUAUGUUGUCAACGACAACCGUCGCUGGACACAGGGAUAUGAGUGGCUAUGGACCCUGGUGUGUCUGUUAUCAAUAAUACACAGUUCAAUGACUCUACGUCGAGCUCGGAUGCUGCAGAUGUAUUAAUUCGCUCAACCAGAGCUCCCGUGGAUCCCAGCGGAGUGGAAAAACAGCACAAGGUUCAUGACAAAGUGAAUAUUUAUAUCAGGAGACUGUCAGACUCUCCACAUGUUUCGUUUGUAAAUGAGGGGCGUAUAGAUGAAGACAGCCUGCCUGUGAAAAAGCCUUCAGCUUUAAACUCAGGAAGACCCAAGGAACAACAAGCUCGUGGACCACCAAAGCAGGCUCCUAAAGUUUUAAACAAAGGGCCCCGAAAAGAGAAAAGCAAAGAUCAAGCAAUCAUGCAGACAGAAAACUCAAAAUUAAAAGGUGAAGAUGUGCACAUUUCCAGAUACUCGGCUGAUGGUAGAGGAGCAGUUUCUGCAGCACUCAAAAAGAGAACUCGGAGUGCACCUGUAAACCGGAGUGUGACGAUACAGCUAUUAGAUCAAGGAAGAUCUCAAUCUCCAAAAACCCUCAGUGAUCCUCCUUGUCCAUCAGGAGAUACUGGAGCGUCUGGAAAUGUGGCAGCCAUAUCAGCAGCUGCUAUUGCAGCCACUGCUCCGCUUUUGAAGGCUCAGAGUGAGAUGGAGUCACAGAUCGCUCGGUUAACUGCUGAUCUGAAGAGACUGCAGGCAUCCGACUCCAGUAUCCCACAGGGAAGAGCGGACACAUCUGCUGCUAGAGCGGCCCAUCUGGAAGAGCAGCUGAAUGUUCUGAUCCAGCAGAGACUUCAACACCUGGAGAUGAUUCAGUGUCAGCAGAUCCAACUGCAGAAUCGUCUCUUGAGCUCUGCUUUGGACGCUGUAACGGCUCGAGGAAACACUGACUCUCAGACCCAUCACACUACUUCAGAAAUCAUCCAGACACAGUCAAUGCCACUUCAUAAUGUCAAUGAUCAAACCUCUGCUGGAAGUCUGGAAGCAACUUCAAAGGUUGAGAGCCGAGAGAAGCGAACAGGUGGGCAUAAAAGUCCCAUGGAGACCCCAGCACCUCGUAAGGUCGUUCCCAAACCCACCCACUGGGCAACCGGAACCAAACCCAUUAAACUGCAGGGAACAUCCCUUAAAAUCAAAGGACUCCCGGACCAGAACCGUAAUAACCGGAGGUCUCCUGAGAGAUGUUCGGUGCAGUCUGUCGGGGUAAAGAGGUUUGCCAUGGCAACAGCCGACAAUGGCCAACCAGAGCUGUCCAGAGACAAUCAAACAUCACCUGAAGGAUCUCUUUCUGAAAGCCGUGAACCAUCAGAACAGGAGAGCCAGGGAGAAACGAUAAACAUGGCAUCUUCCAGCUCGGCAGUAUUGAGGGCCAACGAGAUGCUGCAAGAUCUCGGCCGGCUAAAAAACGAGAUGAGUCGUCUAAUGCAGACUGCUGAUGCGUUUCCUGUGCACCACGCCAAGUCGACCCAGAACAGCAGGAGCAGCCAUCUCACCCCGGCCCCGCCUCCCUCCACAAUCCCCAUCACCAUGUCCUCAGAUCCGGUCGAAGUUAUUCCCACCAGAGCCGUUCCUUUAAUCCGACCGAGCAUUUUGAAGAGCAUCGAGCCACCCACGUCUAUGUUUGAGGAUGCGGGAGAGGUCCUGAGGCAGGUCAGGCAGAGCAGGAAGGUUCUAGAAGAAAACCUGGAGGCCAUUUUGAGAGCAAAAGAUGGAGAGGUGCUGCAUGCUCAGUUAGAGGCGCUGUCGAAAAACAGAGAUGUUAGUGAAGAACUGAGGAUAAAGAAGACAGUUGAUGCCUGGAUCAAUACACUCAGCAAAGAGAUUCAUGAUGAGUUGGCGAGGGAGAGCUCUGUUUCUGAGAAGAGGACUGUGGAGAGCAACAAUGCUGCAGUCACUAAAAUGGUGCAGACGGGCCAGGGGAGCAGGACCGGCCGCGGGGCUACACCGAGAGGAAGAGGAGGAGGUCAAACCUCUGCAGUGGAGAAGAAAACCUCUCUGAGAGGCUCAGUAAGAGCACAGGCAGAAAACACACUGCCGCAUGGGAAACAACCCACUCUGUGUGUCAGAACUAAACCUGAACUCAACCAAGAGAUGGUCCAGCCAGUGGUUGUGAAGGCUCAGGAUGAUCAGGAAUAUCUGGCCAAGCUUUACGGAAAAGCUCUUUACGAGGGUCAUCGACGAACUCUGAAGAAGGCACCUUACCUUCGAUUCAAUUCACCUACGCCUAAAUCCAAAACUCAACGACCCAAAGUCAUUGAGACUGUUAAAGGGGUCGUAAUGAAGUCGUCUAAAACCCAAACUAGUCCAAACGUAGAUGGUGCGUCUGCCCUGCAGUCUUCAGUCUUCAAACCCCAUUUCCUCUUCCAACCCAAUGACUCCACCCAACAACAUCAGCCUGGUUCCCCAGUGCAUGGCUACCUCAUUCCCAUGGCCAUACCUUUAGGUAAACCCAGAGUGGACGGCCAGACCCCAAUGCCUUCAAUGGUAACCAUCAGAGACAAACCCCCCAUUGUAACAACUUCCUUUCCUCCUAUAACCGUCCCUGAAUCCAAGCCGACUUCUGUUGUUCGGAAGCCCAACACGAUAUUACUGGAGGUCACGUCCGAACCGAAGAAACGGACCCCGCAGCUCGAAAUACAGGUCCAGCCUGGUGUGAACAUUGAGAGCGCUCUGUGCGGCAGACCGGCUUCCCCUACGACGUUCAUCCCAGCCGAAACCAUCCUUCCUCCACCCACCAUUGAUGCCGCGGAGGAAGGACACACUCAUGAAGAUGAGGAGGAAAAUGUCUUUCCUGGAACCAAUUUCUUGGAAGUAGCCGACAUCAGCCAGGAAACACAUGUUGGAGUUCCAGACUCUCCUGUAGAGCUGAACGGACUGCCGUCCCCUCCUGCUGCUCUGUAUCACGGUCCAGCGUUUCCUCCUCAUCCUCCUCGGUCUACAUCGCUCACAGAGCCCAUACUCAACACCAUCCAACAGAGAGAAACUCUAGAGAACAGACUUGUGGAUUGGGUGGAGCAGCAGCUCAUGGCCAGAAUGAUUACUGGGAUGUUCCCUCAAACUGCCCAGGUUGAUCCAGCCAGCCAAUCAGAGCAUGAGAAUAGUGUGACAUCAGACAUAGUGGAGACAGCCGGAGGUGCCGGUGUGCAGUUGUUUGUGGAUGCAGGUGUACCGGUGGACUCUGAACUCAUACGGCAGUGUGUAAAUGAGGUGCUGACUGAAACCGUUGCUCUAAUGCUGGGACAGAGAGAGACCGAAAGAGUACCCGAUGUCCCCGCUCAAACACAGCAAGCACACGCUCAGGAGGAGGUGACAGCAGUGCCAACACCAGUACCCACACCUGAACCCAGCCUGAAAGAGCCACCAUCUCCUGUCCGAACCCCAGAUCUCUCUGAGCAUCUUUCUACAGCUUUGUCUCUUGAAGAAAACCAACCUCAGGCUUCAACUUCCCCAGGUCCAGCUGGUAUUCCUGUAGACACACCGACUACUACACCAAUCCCAUCUCCCAUCAGGGUGGCCACACCCUCUCCUCCUCCAGCCAGUCAGAGCUCAGAGUCAGUCAGCCUGGAGUCAGAGCUCCCUCUACAGACAGAAAGAGAGAAGGAGCAGCCUCAGCCAGUUGUGACGUCAGUAGCCCGAGAGAUAGAGUCGGUCAUCCCUACAGCAUCACCUCUGCCCUCCAAACCAGAAACUCUUUCACCUCCUCCUGCGGUUGAGUCUGAAUCCUCCUCCACAGAAGAGAGCAGCUCUAGCUCCACUGAUACAGUGACUGAAACCGAGACGCCAGCCAGACACAUCUCUGAUGGAGAGCUGUUACUCAGUCACGGCCAGAUGGCGGCAGUCAGAGCUCUGGAAGAGGAAGGCAUCCUUCUGCCGAAUUUGUUGACCAGCUUGAACAGUUCCCUGCAUGGAGUCCAGGACAUGGAUUAUGACCCACCCAGUGAGGGUCAGGUGAUCAGAACGCCACGCCUCCCAGCUCAUCAUGACCCUGUCUUGUCUCUAUUGGCCAGAGUGGACCACGGUCCUGUCAGACAAUUACAACAACCAGAGAGAUGGUGGGAGGAGGAGAGCAGUGGAGAGAUCAGUGAAGGUCAGAGGCCGGUUCUGACCGCUGCAGAAGAAAUGAUGCUGACGGGUCACUCUCUUAUAGACCAUCAGAGAACCGCACAGUCCAGAACAACAGAGAUCUCACCUCACGCCACACUUAUGUCACCUGGACAAGUACUCACUGAUCACACAGGUGCAGUAGAUGGCGGAGUGUCAAUCAACCUCACGUCGUCAAGGGAACCAAAAGAAGCUGAGGUUUAUCAUGUGAUGACUGUCUCUUCACCUCAGCCCGAAAAUAUAGUACAUCAACAGAGCACAGAGAUGACAGAGACGGUACACAGACCUGCACCAAUACUGGUGAGGCAGUAUCACAAUGAAGAGGAACCAGUAACGUACCAUCAAACGUCUCCUGCAGCCCUGUGUCCUCAUGUCUAGCGUGAGAUCGGGCGCACAGAUAAAGUUCCCCGCACAGAUGGAUGAGUGGAGAUGAGAGGGAUAGACUUUUGAAAAUGAACCGGGUCGUGAGUGCGGCUGUGCGCUCCAAUAGUCCUCACCUCUUCACCUCUGACUCCUCAUCUGUCAGACAUUGAGGGGAGGAGGUGCUCGUCCCCGGAGCAGGGCCGCUUUGAUCAGAUGUGCCAGGCAGCGGCGCUAAGCCACGCGGCAGAAGGACGCAUCUCUGCUUUCACAGGUGGAUGAGCGGGGCUUUCGUGAGAGUGCUCCCGUUACACCGCUCUGAGGUUUUGUGGGGUUGCGGUCUGUGUUUGUGUUUGAUGUCGGGCUGAGUGGAGACUACAGGCCUUCUGUCAGGCAGAUGGAUGGAUGAGUGUCCUAUAUGACGGGACAACAUGGACCCACUUUAUAGGAAACCAUGAGCUUUUAAGUAAAUUAUCAUGCUGACGGUUGACUCCGCUGGUUCUCUGAUAUGAUUGGCUGGUGAAACGUUGUUUGUAUUUUUUAUUAACUGACUGUGACCACACAUCUGCUGAAUUGUUUUUAAUUUUGUUAGUUGCAGUUAGCCUCAGGCCUGUUGGUUUGCAGAUGCUUUUAUCUAAAGCAGCUAACAGGGAAUUGAAGGUACAUUUUAUCUGUUUGUGUCGAGAUUUUACACACUUUUCUGAUGCAUGGUAGACAUGCGGCCUUUCAAGAUUUUUCUUUAAUAACAUCCACGAGUUAUAAAAUGUUUUUGUGAGCGUGCCAUUAUUGCAAACUGAAUGGCCAGUAUAUGUGAAAAUCAAUUGACAUUGAAUUUCAAACCU